GGGAGCAGUUUUGUAUGAAACUCAAAGGGGUUUAAGGGGUUCUCGCUUCUCACUCAUCGGUAGAUCUUGCCGGUAAUAAUCGGAGGAAAAACGGCGAUGACGAAAAAACAAGGCCGGCGAGCAGCGGUUAAGUCCGACCGCCGAUCAAGCAGUUCAGUGCCUUCAAAUCGCGAGGAUUCUUCAAGCCGUGUCAUAAACCCUAACAAACGCCUUAGUAUGCUCAACACUUUACUCUUCCUGAUCGUAUCUCCUGCCAUUUCAUCAUAUGUAUACCGUAUGCUAUACGCUUCGAAUACGGACCUAGAUUCUUCGCUUCCGUACGUAUACCAACGAGGCUUAGUGAAGACUGACAUCAAUUACCAAGAAAUCCUCACUGAAAAUGCAAAAGUUUCAGAGAAUACAUCAAUUCGGCAUUUUCCAAACCCGGUGCUAGCUUACGUUACACCAUGGAAUUCAAAGGGAUAUGAUCUGGCAAAAGAGUUCAACUCUAAGAUUACACAUAUAUCACCAGUGUGGUAUGAUCUAAAAAGUCAAGGAGCUGAGUUUAUCCUGGAAGGAAGACAUAAUGUUGAUAAAGGAUGGAUUUCAGAUCUUCGAAUGAAGGGAAAUGCUCUGAUUUUACCUAGAUUUGUACUUGAAGCUAUUCCUAUGGACAUGCUAAAAAAGAAGAAACAGAGGGCUAAAGUAAUUGACCUUAUUAUAACCGAAUGCAAGGAGAUGGAUUUUGAUGGCAUUGUUCUAGAAUCUUGGUCAAGAUGGGCUGCAUAUGGUGUCUUGCAUGAUCCACACAUGCGGAAACUGGCACUUCAGUUUGUUAAAAAAUUGGGAGAAUCCAUGCAUGCUGUGGGGAAUCUGCAAUUAGUAUAUGUUAUUGGGCCACCACGUUCUGAUAAGGUCCAAGAGUAUGAUUUUGGGCCUGAAGAUCUUCAAAGCUUGAGUGAUGACGUGGAUGGUUACUCCCUUAUGACUUAUGACUUCUCAAAUCCUCAAAAUCCAGGUCCCAAUGCACCAUUGAAGUGGAUCACUUCUACUUUGCAGCUGCUCCUUGGUGGCUCUCAGAAUUUGUCUCAAAAAAUAUUUCUAGGCAUCAACUUCUAUGGGAAUGAUUUUGUUCUUCAAGGAGGAGGUUUGGGUGGUGGAGCAAUUCUUGGAAGAGACUAUCUUUCUUUAUUGGAAAAGCAUAAGCCUGAAUUGCAAUGGGAGAAGAAAAGUGGGGAGCAUUUUUUCUUGUAUUCUGAUGAAAAUAAUAAUAACAUUGUGAAACAUGUUGUCUUCUACCCAUCACUUAUGUCGAUUGCAAUGCGGUUGGAUGAAGCUCGUUCAUGGGGUGCAGGUGUUUCCAUUUGGGAAAUCGGUCAAGGUUUAGAUUAUUUUUUCCAUCUUUUGUAACUUACUUAUCUCAUCUAGUUUCAAACUUUAGGAUAAAUAUUUAAUCCAAUUUUAUUAUAAUAUCCUCCUCAUCUUUUGUUUUA